CCAUCUGCCAACUACAAAUACCACUAUCCUCUGCAUUAUUCUUCCACCGUGCCCAAUAUAAAUAAUGGAAUUCAGUGGAACACAAACAACUUAUGGUUACUACUAUGGUUCAUACUCUGAUGAACCAGAGCCGCUCGAGGACGUGAUUGACUUCCAUGGGCCUUUCUCUGCUGUCUGCUACAGCCUGAUCUUCUGCGUCAGCCUGACUGGGAACAGCUUCCUGCUCUGGACCCUUCUGCGGCAGGAGGACCUGAGGCAGACGUCCAGCCUGCUGCUGCUGCACCUCACUGUGUCCGACCUCUUCUUCACCAUGCCGCUUCCAAUCUGGGCGGCGUAUCACAUCCACGGCUGGGUGAUGGGCGAGGUGGCAUGCAGGCUUCUGAGUGGCGUACUUUUCCUGGGCUUCUACAGCUACAUGGCCUUCCUCACUGCCAUGACUGUGCACCGGUACAGGGCGGUCGUGCACGCCGUCACAGCGUCCUCCUUCAAGCCCAAUGUUCACCUUCUGAGUGGCGGCCUGUGGGUCUUCUGCUUGGCCUUCAGCGUACCCGAGAUGGUGUUCUCAGGGACAGAGGAUGGAGGUGACUUUGUGGACUGCAGCCAGACCUAUGAAUCACACAUGGCAGGGUAUCUUGUGUAUGACAUUCAGGUAACAAUUUUCUUCUUGUUACCAUUUAUUGUCAUCACGUUUUGCUACUCACGGAUGUGGUUUCGCAUUCGGAAAUGCAGGAUGAAGAAGAAGAACCAGGCAGUGAGGCUGAUCUUCAUCAUUGUGGUGGGUUUCUUUGUCUGCUGGGCACCAUACAAUGUCAUCCUCUUCCUCUACUCACUGACCCUCCAUGACGUGAUUCCUGCCAAACUCACAAAGUCAGCCGCCUUUGACUACGCCUACAGUGUGUCCCACACCCUGGCCUACUCCCACUGUUGCCUCAGCCCCCUCAUCCACAUCUUGGGUGCAGGGAAGUUCAGAGGACGCGUCUCUGAUGGCUUCCGGCGGCUGUCCGUCAGAGACAGGGUCAGCACACACACCCAUGAAACUGUACUCUCAAGCUCUGGACAAACCUACAUUCAAUCAUCCCGCUCCAUUGGUCUACUCGUCUCACCCCAAAACCCGCACGAUCCAACGAGGGAGAGAAUGCGGCAAACCUCCAUCUCAUAACAUUCCAAAAGAACUCUUCCUCGCCAUAGUCAGUAACACAGCAAGUUGAUGUUGCACUAUUUAAUGUUAGAUCAAUAACUAACAAGUGCUUCGUUGUAAAUCACAUUCUUACGCCCCAUCACCUGGACUUUUUAUUUGUGACUGAGACGUGACCUUUUGUCACUUGAUAUCUGCCCUUCCCAUUUCUAUUCUGUAAGCUCCCCAAGGUCUCCUGUUCAUGGAGGUGGCCUAGCCACCAUCUUCAAUGACUCAAAUGCAAUGGCCUCUAACUCUGAUACGUUAUUUUAGAGUUUUAACAGAUUUGCUGUCCAACUAAGCCUUUUUAAGUCUUGUGGAGUCUUUUAAUUUAAGGGCGCUUUCACACCACUAAUUCGAUUAUUUGGUCUGCUUCAGGCAGUGAAAUUGUUAUUGUGUAGCAUAUAGACUCCAGUGAGGUCCGCUUUCACACCAGAAAACGAACCAAAAUUAGCCUGAUUGAUUUUUUCUCAAUGUUUAUCUUCCGGUAGAAAUCAGCGCCAAUUUUGACUCACUAUUUUGACCUACAGUCUAUGAUUUGGACCCCAGUUCGCGUUCUCACCAGAGGGACCGCACCAGAGGUCGACUUUUGGUGCGGAGUCAAGCGGA